AUGGAUAUAUUAAAACAUACAAGCGGGAGAGAAAAUGCCGCCAAACGGAAGAAGCAGAAGCAGAAGCAGAAGAAUACCGCCACCGCUCCUGUCCCUGCCACCACCGCCGCCGUCGAUGAUGAUGUCCCUCUUGCUCCCGGUGCUGCCCUCGCCAUCAUCAAUUUCUAG